AUGUCGCAAACUUCUGAUGAUAAUUUGGUUACACGGCGAAAGAAUAUUACGAAAGGUAUUGAGGAAAUUCGCGAAAAGAAAGCUGAAAUUGCGAAAGCUUUGAGAGAAUUGGGAGUUAGUCAACAGGAUGAUAAUACACAGGUAAUUUUAGUUAAUUAGUUAAUUCUCUCUUGAAUUUUUAAUUCAAAAAUUUCCAGCAAAACAAAGUGUUCAUCAAACAAUUGAUCGAUGCUUUUGACACACUUUCAAGUCAGGAAACACAAUAUUUGGAUAUUCUGAAAACUAUUGUUGUAAGUCUUUUUGAAUGUAAUCCUAAUUGCACUAUGUUUAAAAAACAGAAUAUUCACGAGCAAGCAACUUUGGACAUUGCAAAUGAUUUUGCGAAAAAAAUUGAUGAAGAAGAGAAGAAAUUGAGAGAAGUCAAGACAAAUAAUGAGACAAAAAAGACAUCUGAGGAAAAUAAGGAAGAAAAUAAUAAGGACAAUGAAAAUAGUGAAGUUUCGGAUGGUAUGAAGAUUUUCGGGUUUGAAAAACAAUCUAAAUCUUUUUCAGAUAUUGCUGAACUUCAACAAGCAUUGUUGGAAUUGAAAACUGUAUCUGAAGCUGCAAUCGCUGCUUCUGAUCUCAAUGAAAAACUUGUUGAACGAUUACAAAUGCAGAAAAAGAAGGUAUGGGUUUUUGGAAAAUUUUGAGACGAACCUGGGCUUUGUUGGACUCACCUAGACAAUGGUGUCCAAAAUAAUACACUGUUCAAGAUUUUUCAGCAACCAGAUUAGAUAGAUUUUUCUCUGAAAUUCCAGAAAAUCAAAAAAAAAAAGUGUGCUCUCUACGAAAUCUUUCAGACAGUUGUAGUCAAUUCUGGCUUGGACUUUUUUUUAUAGUUAUCCAAUUUUUUGACUGUCUGAAUCCCUAAUGAUGUUAUAGUCCUAGUUCUCAUCAUAAAAGACAAGAUAAUAAAAACCUAGCUGAUUCAUUUUUUUUCCAGAAAAAUGCGAUGAUGGAGAUUCGAACGAAAAAGGCGAAAGAAUUGGAUGAAGAAGCGAUGAGAGUUCGUGCAGAAGUUAUCGAAAAAAUUAACAAAAGUUUGUUUUUCACAUUCUUUUCCAAUUAAUUUCCAAUCAUCUACACAUUUCCAGUGUCUUCCAUCAAAAAAUCAACAGCCGAACAGGAAAAAGAAUUGGCAUCUUUACAAAAACAAUGUCUUGAACUUGGUUUGGCACUUGAUCAUACUGAAGAAGUUGGAGAAGAUGCGCGAAAUGCUGUGGCUGAUAAUUCGAUGAGAGUUCCGACAAUUCAAAAAAUGGCGGGAAGUGUUGAAAAUGAUGAAGAGGCGAAGGAAAGAAGAAGAAAAGAGAUUCGUGAAAGUAUUGCGAGGGAAAUGGAAGAGUAAGUUAUGAAUCGGGAAAGGAGAGAGAGUAAAGAUCUGAUAUCAUGAUAAAAACAUUGCUGAUAAAGAUGUUUUCGAACCUACAGUACUGGGGUUAGUAUAAAAUUGGAAAGUGCUAGACUAAUUUCGUUUCUUCAUUUAAAAAUCUUAAUUUUUUUGAAACACUUAUGACGUGGCAAAGAAAGAAACUUAGAUUCAGAGGCUAAAAUAACUCUCAAGAUUGACAACUGAUUUUUUCUCAAUUUUUAAAUUAGUUUCUAAGCCAAAAAUAACUCACCUAAUAUAAUAUAAAACUUUGGCUUUUCUAAAAAUAUAUCCAGAACUGAAAUUCAGAAUUUCUGAACGUUCGGAUUUUCGUGUUUGGUUCAUUUGUUCACUGAAUCUAUAUUCAUUAAAUAUGACAUUUGCCACGUCAUAGCUCGAAUCAGAAAUGCCUUCGGAUAUAUUUUUUUACUUUUUUCUUGAAAUUUUUGGAUCAUCCAUACUUCUCCAAUUGACUUCCCCCCAAUCUAAAUCACAUUCUGUUCGUAAAUUUAUAUUUCUAUUACACUCAUUGGUCAAAAGUUUAUCGUCCCAAAUCAACUAUUAAAUUUCACCCAAAAAUUCUUACAACGAGGGUUUUUUGGCGAGUUUUGCUCCAUCCUCUCAAUUUUCAUCUUUUUGUGCAGAGUCAGUCAGUGCAUAAAAUUAUUACACAUUACAUUGUAAAACAAAUAAAAUAUGAUGAGAAAAUGCAUUCAAAUUGUGUGUUUUUUUGCAUACUAUAAAAAAGGAUAAUAGUAUAGUAGAGAGUCAAAGGAAGUCCCUGGAAAUAUGUAUAUCGAAGUUUGUAUACAAAAAUUAAAAUUUAACCGAUUAACAAAUAUUUUAUUUCAUUUCCUUCCUGAUUAAUCAUCGGAUAGAUAUUUCUUGUUUUUUCAGAAAAGAGAAAGUGAACACACUUAUUCGAGAAAAGUUGGCAGCGAUGGAUGCGAGAAAAAAGAGAUUGCAGCAAAUUAGACAAAUGUUGGAGGAACAAAAGAAACAGGAAGAGCACAAAGGUUUGUCACACACACAAAUCCCACCAGAUAUCUGUUUAUUUAAAAUAUAUUGAUUUUUUGGAGACUUUUUGAAAAAUAUUCCCACUGUUUCAAAUGACGGAAAGUGAGUGAAAAAACAAAUCUUUUGAAAAAUAUCAACGUGAACUGUCACGUGGUUUUAUACUUCUGAUUUCAUUUACAUUUUUAUUCUGUUUAUUUUUAGCUGAAACUGCUUCCGCUGCCACCGAAGAAGCCGCUCCAAUUGCAUCACCAGAAAAUGGCGAAAUUGAAGAUGUUCCACCGCCACUUCCAACUUCACCUCCACCAACAGAAGAACAGGAAAAUAAUGAGAAACAAAGUGAAGAAAAUGGAGAAGAGCAAAAUGGAAAUGUUGAAACAUCGAUUGAUGAGAUUUUGAAUAAUGCAAAAGCUAAUUUGAGGUAAGUUCAAAUUGUGAAGGGCAGCGACUUUUUGAAAAGUUCAGUAAAGGCUUUCUGUUCCUAUUUCUCAUUUUUUCAGUAAUUUGACUGCAAUGCGAGAACGACUUGAACAUAUUCAAUCAACUGGUGGAACUGAUAUGAGUGAAGAUGAUCUUCUUAUGCUUCAAAGUUUGGAACAAGUUGUUGAUGUAAGUAUUUAUUAGAUUUUGAUUUCUGAAAUGAUUGCAUGGUGUGACGCGUUUUCUUAUUUUUCUUUAAUAAUUUUUUGAUGUUUUUCUCCAAACUUUCAAAUAUUUAUGAUUGCUAUCAAAUUCAUUGCAUAUUUGAUUGAGUGUGUUUUUUAUGCCUGUUUGAUUCUGGACUUUUCUUUUUAUUUUUUUUUCAUUAUCUGAUUCAGAUUGAAGACGUUGUUCGGGAGUCUUUCCAAGAAAAACUAUUGGAAAAUGAGAAGCCGAAAGAUGAUAAGACAAAGAAUGUUGGGAUUGAGGCAAGAUUGGCGUCGAUUGAAGUGACUAUGAUGGAUAAUCGAAGAAUGUUGAUGGAACAAGAAAAAUAUUCGAGACAGAAGAAAAUUGAGAGAGUGAGUUUUUAAAAUCUGACGGUUUAUGAAUCGGAAAAACGGUAUUUCCCUUAUUUCAUCUUUGGAAUUUCAUUUGCGAGCUUAUUUGCGCCCUAAUUUUGACAUUUUUUGCUAAGCUUCUGAAUUCUUCAGUUUAACUACAGAACAACAAAAAUGAGUUAAAACUUCACCAAUUACCUUUGACAAAUUUCUUAGAUCCCACCCUGGUUCAAUCCGCAAUUUGUUGACCAAUAUUGUUUACUGCUUCCAAAUAUUUUCCUUCAUCCUUUCCUCCAAACACAUCAUUAAUUUUCCAAUUUUUAAUUAUCUGGUUGCUCAAUUUGUCGGUCGGUCCUCUAAUAAUAAUCGGAUUUACUAUGAGAGCAGGUGAAAAAUAGCACCUUGAUAUUCAUAUUUACACUCAUUCCUCCCCCCAUUUUUAAUAAAUUCGAAGUGAAAAGAGAGAAAAAGGUGGUGGGGCUGUAAAAAGGAGCAAAUGGUGUCGUAUAAAAAUUAGCAUCUCCUUGAAUAUGACAAUCAAAACGACUGCUGUACUACGUUUUUAUGACGAACAAGGUGGGAAAGUGGAAAGUUCUUGGAGACUUGAUUUUUUCGAACACUUGUAGAAUAUUAACUCAUCAAAACAAUAUCAAUCGGUCCUUAAAGAGGUCUCUCAAGAAGUUACGAAUAUUCAAAAUUUUCCGAUGGUUUCAUCCUUCUCUUUCAAGCACUAAUGCUCGGACCUCACUUCUUGGAACGACACUUCAAAUUCCGUUUUGGUUUCUACGCUCUCUCUCUGUGUGUAGAUUCGAAUCGUUCUACAAGGUUUAUUUCAUUUUUACUUGUUCAUGAUUUUUUCCCACAAACAAAUCAUAUAGUUUUUUCCCAUAGUAAUUAGGCAGAAUAUUUUUCUUAGUUUUCUUUUUCCAGAUCCCAUAUGUAUGUAUGUUCAUUGUUGUUUUUAUUCGAUUUCAAUUUUAGUUUAUGUUUAUGCUCAUCUUUUUCUUCAUUUUUAUUCUCAAUGUCCACCAUAAUUUCGCUCUCAUCCUGCUUUUUCUUCUUCUUCUUCCAUCCAUCUCAAUGCAGAUUCAUUAAAUUUUGGUCGCCGGCUCUUCUUCUUCUUCUUCUUCUCUUUUGCUCACUCACUCACUUGUUGUAAUAUUGAAGGAAUUGGCUCUGUCUCUCACUCUUCUGCUAUUUUUUUCUUCUUCCCAAGCUCCGCCUAUAUUUUGUCGUCUUCUUUUCGUCGUCGUCCUCCUUCCUUCAGAAUUGAUCAUUUUGCUGUUGGCCGCUGUCCGACUCGUCUCCUCCUUUUUUCUGCUCACUUCUUCUCUAGGUCGAACAAAAAAAACACACAUGCACAUAAAAUUGCCCCAAGGCGUGGUCUUUAAUUAGAUGCUCUUGACUUUUUUCGAUUAAAAAAGACAUUUAGGAUGUUGCAAUUGGAAAAAAUUCAUGAAUUUUAUUUUGAAAAAUUUUAAUUUUUCUCUACGAUGAAUAAUAGUGAAAAAUUUCAAUUUACCGUAUGAAAAAUACACCUGCCCUAACUAAGAAAUCACCUGAAUCUGUAAGUUUUUAGUUCUGUCGUUUCUCGACAUCUCAAGACUUACGACAACUUGGUCAACUAUUAAUUCAAUUGGCUGAUUUGAAAGAAAAAGAAGAGCAGAAAAAAGAGGAGGAACAACUAAUUAUUACUGAUAAUAUUCAUAGUAUUUUGAAUGAUUUGUUAUUAUAA